AUGGUGAUAGAUGGUGACUUAGUUGCCCUUGAAACAUUGUUGCAAGCCAACAGGAGAUUACAAACUCAUCUUCGUGAAAGAAUAGAUGAUAUCGCCCAUCGGCUCGCUUCAAUGGCUGCCCUCAUUCGUGCAUUGAGGGCGGAGGGCGUCAGACCUAAAAUUGUAAAUAGGACGACACCGUUAAUGAGAGCAGAUCAGGAUAUAGUGUUUAAAUUUUAUUACUGUAAUAUGGUUUAUGCCCCUCCACUAUUUGGCAGACUUCAGCAUAACGUCUUACCGCUGUUGUCAAAGCCUCGCUGGGGCCACCGUGCGGUGCAACAUUUGAAGCGCCAGGCGGAUUGUCUCGGUUUAGGAGCAAAUGCGGAAUCAUAUACAAAACAGUGGCAUACAGUUGCUGACGCUCUUAAUUACGACUCGAGUAGGGUAAAGCCAGUAAGUGCCUUUCAGUGUUAUUUGCAUUUUCGCCAUACGAUGGCUACAUCACAAGAGCCCUUUUCGCAUGAAGAGGAUGUCAUCAUUUACAAACAUGUCCCGGAACCCGGGAUGUGGAAACAGCUUGAGAGGAAAAUACUUGAGAAGUGUGGCAGGCGUCGCAGUGCAUUUCAACUUGCUGGAAGACACCAAAAGUUGCUUAGUUGCGAUUAUCAGUGCACCGAUUUCUCUGAAGAUGUACUGAAGCAAGCGGUUUCUUUAAUUGAUGAUGAUGGAGACUUGACGUCACGGGCACUCAUAGACUUUGUGAUGAAACUAAACGCUGGCCAUAAACUUCCGUGGGUAACGGUGGAAGCCAUCGCGCGUGCUGCCAGGGAUUACGGCCAAUCACUUUUAACUGAAGAUGAGCAUUUGAGACGGAGCAUACACCUCGUUUUACUAAGUGAUGCGGAUUACACCACUUCAAGUGAAGCGAAAGCGCUGCUUGUGCGUACGUUACAUUGGAAUCUCAUGGUAUCAAAUGCUGAGCGUUUUUGCGUAAAGUAUCGAUAUUCGCAAAUUUCCCUAGAGGAGGCGGCAAAUCGUUUGUCUUCGUCGGUUUCAGAUGUGAGGAAUCGAAUACUCUCUGCUGUAUUACUCCGACACAACAGCGUUUACAACACUCAUUUUGCUAAUGUGUCGAUGACUCUUUUUGGAAACCGCGACGCUGCAAUGAUUUGUUUUGUGGUUUCCCGUGAAUACGAAAGGAGUCGCAAGCGGAUGUUACCAUCCAUUCGUAUUCAUUUGUGA